GACUCUGGACACUCCAGAGGAGAUGGGGAGUAUUGGAUCGACCCAGAGAAGAGUGGAAACCCUUUGAAGGUCUAUUGUGACAUGUCAAGAUCUGGUGGUAAGAGAAUGAAUUUUUUUUUUUUAGAUACGAGGACUUCAACAGAAGUAUAUUUGACUUGGAGCAGUUGUUAUUGGAACGUUCUAGUCUUGGCUAUUUUUGCUUUCUCUAGAAAUAUCCUUAUUAUGAUUGGUUAUCACCAGCUGGCCGAUCUGAGCACAACAAGACAGUGUACGCGUCAUACUUGUUAUUGGACGGUGUAAUAGGACCGUUAAAGGGACAGUUAACGCGUCAUGCCUGCGCGAGUGGACAGAACGCGUCAUGUGCGCGCUGUUGACUCGCAUUUCGCCGAUUAAACUGUUGUUUUUCGUUUUUAUGAAAACGUGUAACCGAUGUCUAGUUUCUUUCUCAAAUUUUGUCAUAGUUUUGAUUAAUUGGUAACAGGCCUUCUUGUCGUCCAAUUCUGUCUGUAAUGAUACGAGUGAUUAACAAAUCGGACUCCCGCUUUGCGGUCGUAUGAUUCUGAAAAUCACUCGUAUGAUAAGAGACCGAAUUGGACUCCACUCGGUCCUGUUACCAUUUAAUAUGUCCAAAAUUCUAGCUACAUGGAUGUCACCAGAUGAUUUAGGUUUGUUUUAUUUUAGGAGGUUGGCUUCUGGUGUCAAAUGUUGAGUUCGGAAGUCCCUCUCCUAAGGUGUCAGUUGAGACAUCAUACGGUGGAAUAGGUAAGCCACACAUGGUUCUACAGAAAAGUGCCAUGAAAGAGCUCAGAGGACAUUUGUCCUUCACUCAGCUGAGAUUCCACUGCCGCAAAAAACAGGGACGCACAUUCCACGUGGUCACAGCUUCCAACAGCUCAGGUGAAGCUGUGGUCCAGUACUUCAGCGGUCAGACAAAAGAGAGACCGGACGCCUGUGGUUCGUUUGUGAGAUUGACGUGGGAUGACAAUUCCAAGUUAGCUGGCAUUUGCAAAGAUUGGGGACAAGUAAGUGGAGAGUCCUUGGUUGGAAAGUGGGGACAUGGUGAAGAUCAAAGAAGGCUAUACUGGUAUCCCGUCUUCAAAAAUGGAUGCUAUCACCUUAGGGUCUUCUUGACUGCUGUUGGUGACCUCAAGAAAAUGGAAUGUGAUGAUGGCUUCGGUCACAAUGUUGAUUCAAACGGCGAUUUCUGGAGAGUCUUUGUUCGUUAG